AUGGAAAGCAACUAUCCGGACCCUCCGCGCCAAAUGAGCGAGUCACAUCACGUUUAUGGAAGAACCUCGGGCGACCGUGAGUACUCUGACGUGGGCCCUAGGCCUGUUGUCGAAACUCAGAAUGCAGAGAACCCGCAUUUGGAGAUCAAAAAACCACGAGCUUGUGAGCCUUGUCGUCAACUUAAAGUCCGCUGUGAUCCGGACGCCGAUCACCCGAGUGGCUCUUGUAAGCGAUGUGCCAAGUCAGGACGCACGUGUGUGGUCACUGCACCAUCGCGUAAGCGUCAGAAGAAGACUGACACGCGAGUCACGGAGCUCGAGCGUAAGAUUGACGCAUUGACGGCUACCCUGCAAGCAUCACACCGAGUAGCCUUGGAAAAAGAUGGGUCGCCUGUCCGGCCAGCCGACUCGAGCACUGUACAGCAAUCUUCUAGUCGAAGAUGGCUCAGGGAUGAUUUGAAUCCUCCUGCACCUAAGAGGGGCCACGAUGAAAUGCUGGCAUCGCAGUAUCCUCGACAAGACAGCCCAUCGGCGGAACAGCUGCCUCGGUCACAACCUCCGACCAGAUGGCUGCGGGUAUCCUCGGUCGAUGAGACGCCGUCGGCCAAGUCUGACAAUGAAUUUGCGGACGUCAUCGACAGAGGUUUGGUUGACGUCGAAACUGCCCAUGCCACAUUUGACAGAUAUGUGACCAAGUGUGCUACGGAACUGCCAUUUGUGGUAUUUCCCCCGGGAACAACGAUGGGAUAUGUGCGUCGGGAAAAACCGAUAUUAUUCCUGGCAAUCCUUGCAACAACCAUAGGACCUUUCAAAAAGGAAGUCCAAGCCAAGCUUUUAGAUGACAUUUACCGACUUAUUGCUGAGCGCGUGAUCGUGAAGGGUGAAAAGUCUCUUGAACUCGUGCAGGCGUUGCUGGUCACAGCGAUAUGGUAUCAGCCACCGGAUAAUAUGGAGGAAUUGAAGUUCUAUCAGCUCGUUCAAUUUGCUGUCAUAAUAGCGAUGGACUUGGGGUUGAAUUGGCGAACAGGCACCGAAGACAGGGGCAUGAAACGUCUAAAAGAAGUGCUGACGAGGAAACCAAAGGGGUCGUCGACUGACACCAACGGCCCCGAGGCGAAGCGAACGUGGGCUGGUUGUUACUUCCUGUCGGUUCAAACUUCGACAACUCUGCGGAGAACACAAAUUGUGAGAUGGAACCCUUACAUGGACGAGUGCAUGCGUACCCUGGAAAGUCAUCCCGACGCACUCGCAUCGGACAAAGAGCUCGUCUGGUGGGCUAGGCUAGGCCGGAUCAUGGAAGAAGCCAGCACGCAACUUAUCCUCGACGACGCGCAAAGUAAUCUGUCAUUCGCAGACAGCAAGUAUCGAUACCUCGUCAGGGGAUUUGCUCAUCAGCUCAGUCAAUGGCGCAGAGAAGUUCCAGAAGACGCUUACACCGUACCUCUUGCUCACACACAUCAUGUGCUGAAUCUCUUCAUCCACGAGAGUGCAAUGAAUGUCGAUACAAAAGACGAAUACGUUAGGUUGUCCUCAGAUUCACCAAUUUCCGCUUCGUUUCCUGCUCCACUCAUCGAUGCAAUUGGAACAUGCAUCCAUUCAAUCCACAAAGCCGUUGAGAUUAUAUGUUCAAUGGACCUCGAGAAAAUGAAUUGCCUCCCGACUGUCUGUUUAGCCCGCACAACCUUUGUCGUUGUCAGCCUCAUCAAGGUGUACUCUUUGAUCGUGGCACCAAACUCUCGUCUCGGUCAAUUCAUUGAGCUCAGCAGUCUCCAGAUUGAGUAUUAUUUUGAAAAAGUAAUCACCCAUUACCGCGGUGCGGCCAUGCGCGAUGGCGGCCGAGCAGCCGGGAAAUUUAGUUACAUUAUCAUGAUGCUGCGCAACUGGUUCCUCAAAAAAAGAGGCAAUGGUCCUGCCUUGAGAGAGAUAUUCGGCUCGGAAACGAAUUCAAACGCAGCAGAGCAGGCGGCGAAGAUGGCACAGCAAAGCGCAACGCCGCUCCAUCUUCUCAGCGAAGUCGCCAUGGGCAACUCGGUCAGCAGCGCUUCAUUCAAUGCAAAACCGGCCGCCGACGCUCAGGAAAACAUAUCCUACUCCCCCUCAACAUGCGGCCAUACUUCCACCCAAGCCCCAAUAUCUACACAACACACCUCGACCAAAGCCUUCGGGUCACCAGAUGCAACCAGUGUAAUGACAGGCACACCAAGUCAGGUAUCCUCGACCACCACCACAACCUGGAACUCCGUGCCAUCACUCCAACCCCCUGUGUCCGUAAACUCAGGGUACUACUCUCCCUUUAUAAACAACGAUCCAGCCCAGAGCUACAAUGGUAUCUCGGCUUCUGAUCGGUCGAGCCAGCUUCAAGGAAUGGGCGGUAUUUCAGGCAUGAAUCUGCCAACCACGCAGGAUCCACUCAAUACUGAUCCUCAUAUGAACAUGGAUGCGGGAUUUGAUUCAUUCAGUCUCUAUAUGCUUGGGAAUAUGGUCGAUGAGGGACUGUUUCCAUUUCCGUUGAACUUUUACGGAGAGUUCCAGGGCUGA